GGACGAAAGCAUGAGAAAUUUGAGUGGAGGCCAUGUUGAGGACUUUGUCUUGGUGGGUUUCCCUACCACUCCACCCCUCCAGCUGCUCCUCUUUGUCCUUUUUUUUGUAAUGUACCUUCUGACGUUGUUGGAGAAUGCACUCAUUGUCGUCACAAUAUGGCUCACUCCAAGCCUUCAUCGCCCCAUGUACUUUUUCCUUGGCCACCUCUCUCUCCUGGAGCUAUGGUACAUCAAUGUCACCGUUCCUCGGCUCUUGGCGGCCUUUCUUACCCGGGAUGGUAGAGUCUCCUAUGUGGGUUGCAUGACCCAACUCUACUUCUUUAUUGCCUUAGCCUGUACUGAAUGUGUGCUGUUGGCAGUUAUGGCCUAUGACCGCUACCUGGCCAUCUGUGGACCCCUCCGUUACCCUAGUCUCAUGCCUUCCAGUCUGGCAACUCGCCUUGCUGCUGCCUCUUGGGGAAGUGGCUUCUUCAGCUCCAUGAUGAAGCUUCUUUUUAUUUCCCAAUUGUCCUACUGUGGACCCAAUAUCAUCAACCACUUUUUCUGUGAUAUUUCCCCACUACUCAACCUCACCUGCUCCAACAAGGAGCAAGCAGAGCUAGUAGACUUCCUUCUGGCCUUGGUGAUGAUUCUACUCCCUCUGUUGGCUGUGGUUUCAUCAUACGCUGCCAUCAUUGCAGCCAUCCUGAGGAUCUCUACUUCCCAGGGACGCUGGAAAGCCUUUUCGACUUGUGCUGCUCAUCUGACAGUGGUUGUUAUCUACUACUCCUCCACUCUCUUCACCUAUGCACGGCCCCUGGCCAUGUACACCUUCAACCACAACAAGAUGAUCUCUGUGCUCUACACUAUCAUUGUACCAUUCCUCAACCCAGCCAUCUACUGCUUGAGGAACAAGGAGGUAAAGGAUGCCUUCAGGAAGACAGUGAUGGGCAGAUGUCGCUAUCCUAGGGAUGCUGCGGGUUGAUACACAAAAGGUCCUGGGAGGGGUGAAAAUAUGGGAAUCUUAGUAGCGCUUCCUUGAGGAAUCGGAAUGGGUUUAAAGGGAACAUAAAUGUAACUUGCCAACAGUUUCUCUAAAUAUUUUCUGGGACCUUCUGACAACAAAUAAAAGUUUAUGAAUCAUUUAGUUUUUUUUACAGGGGUUUCCAAACUAAGACUGGGCUAGCUAUGUAAGAAUCACUUGGGAGUUUGUUAAAAUAAAGAUUCCCCCUGCCUAAAAAUGUGGAGAGUCUUACUAAGUAUGUCUGGAAUAUAACCCAGUGAGAAAAUAUAACAUGAGAAUAAAAGGGAACUUACUGCUAGAUACAUCAAUAAAAAAAGUAGGUAGACUUCAAUGAAACAAUUUCAAAGAUCCAGAAUCUCAAAUCCCACUUUCAUAAGAAACUGCACAAGUAUGUUAUACCCCAAGAACUAAAUUUCAUGUCAUCUAAUCAAUAUCCUUUACCUCUACAAAACUCACAUUCAUUGAAAGUCAGAGCAGAGAGAGACGCGAUGCUGGUAUUUAAGCAUUAUAUAUUCACUACUCAACAUGGCUAAAUAUCCUCUCCAUCUCCCUUCUUUGAAUCUCAGGGGAAUAUAAAGCUGGUUGACCUAAUAAAUAUUGACCAGGUAGCAGGUAAAAUGUUAUAGAAAACUUACAUACAGAUCUUCUUCACUAUGGCCAGCACCUGUUUUAACUAAUUCGUAACAGGGCCAUACCAGUUGUCAAAUAUUUUAAAUUGUGUUCCCAGUCAAAGGACUGUAAGAACAGAAAAUGCCUUUAUAAAAAAAAAGAUUGAAGAGCCAUAGAUAGGAUGCAGAUAUCUCUAUGGCAAUUGGGAUGCCUCAGGUUCAUAGCCUGAAUCAUAGAUAUUCUAGAAAGUUCCUUUGAUAUUUUUGGAAAGUUGCUUGAAUUGCUCAGAGAAAUUUUUUAUAUCUUGAAUCUAGGCUCAUUUAUGCAAAUAUAUGCAUAUUGAACCAAAUUCAAUGAUUAUUUAGAUGUGAGAUAUGUGAAACAAAAAAAUAAACAUACAAUUGAACAAAUUCCAAUGAACACAGAUUGUUGGUCAGUGCACAUUUGCCUAGUUUGAGAGGUUCUGAGGGAGAAAAGGACAUGUGUCCAUCAACGGAAACCACUUUAUCAACAAUCAUUUUAGAUUUUCCAAUAUUAAAAACAAAAUAACAAUGAAAGAUCUGAUACUUAAAACUGUUUCGGUUGUUUGUUUUCAUGCAAUUUCUAAAUAGUCUCGGAAACAUGUCUGAAUGUACCUCAAUUUACAUUAUAUUCUCCCCUCCUUUUAUAGAAUUAUCAAAGACAUGGAGUUCAGAAUUAAGACCCUAGAACCAACAAAUUUCAAUUUGAUCCUGGCUUUACUAAUAACAAGUUAUGUGAUCAUAGGCAAGGAAUGUUACAUCACUGCUCUUAGUUUCUCUUUGAUAAUAAAAAUAAUAUCUUUUCCAUCAUAUGGGCUUGUUGUUAAAUAAAUAAUGCAUAUGUGGGCAAAGGAUUUUUUUUCUCUUUCUUUGUGGAUAGAUUUGAUCUUAGGUUAAUUUCUAGUUCUGGUUCCCUAGAAACCUAAUAAACAUUACUAUGCAACAUUGCUUGUAGUACAAAUUAUCUCUGAUCAGUAAAGACCUCUGAACUGGGAGGAUGAUGAAUAUGUUAGAGAUAUCUCGUGGGAAAUUAUAGCUUCAGGCUACUUUUGUAACUUGGCAUGCCUUUUGCAAGGAAUUCUAGAAGCUAUGAAAGCCCAUGAAAAUGUUACAAGUGAUACAGGUGCUUACAGGGCUUGAGAAUUCCAUGUUAAGGUGGACACUGCACCCCUUGAUGAGAAUCUUAUGUCCUUCUACCUGAGCUGUGACUUUAAAUGACAAAGUCUGUUCCAUCAACUGCAUUCAAGACUUCUUUCCCAUAACGGAAACUCCUAAAACUGCCCUUCUGGAAUGUUGGAUUUACUAUCCUGUUUCCCUGAGUUAAUGUUAUGCCAGGUGAGGCCUUUGAUAGUGUGUGAAUUUGUUUGGUGGAACCUAAGACCUUCUGGCAUGUAAUACAGUUAACUCACAGUAAGCAUUUAAUAAAUGCCAAGCUUCAUCAUUAUGGUCAUUUUAUUAUUACAAAUACCAUGAUAUGCUUUCUAAUAGAUGUGCCCAUUCUAUUAACCAUGUAUUAAACUCAGUCUUACUCAAACUGAGAUUGGAGAAUUGGCUUUCUCUAAAACAUAGAUAGAAAGGAAGGCUCCAGCCGUCUUUGUAACUAUGUGGAGUAGGCAACAAGUUGACCGGAAAGUUUAGCAUUUCCAAUUAUAUAAUCUAAAAUUGUGCCAAGAUGUCAUCAGAUUGAGUCAGUGAAGUUCCUCCCUUAAAAAAGAUUAAAACAUGCUAUUUCUAUAA